AAGAAGCAGGAAUGGAGCAAGCGACGAAGUAGCUGGCCAGAAAUAACUAAUAAGACAUUCACUCCGAGACGGGCGGCCAGCCGGCCCGGACGAACGCGCUGUCACAGCGCCGGAUAUUGGUGAUCGACAAGUGUGACUACUUGGGGCCCCCGUAGAGAGGGCCCCUAACCAGAGGAAACCGCCGGAAGGCGGUCAAUCUGUCAAGGCAUGGAGCAGUUCGAGCAACUGCUAACGUGCGCGAUAUGCUUGGACCGAUACAGGAACCCGAAGCUAUUGCCAUGCCAGCACAGCUUCUGCAUGGAACCGUGCAUGGACGGGCUGGUUGACUACGUGCGCCGACAAGUGAAAUGUCCAGAAUGCCGGGCGGAACAUCGUAUACCGUACCAGGGUGUGCAAGCGUUCCCGACCAACGUGACGCUGCAACGGUUCCUGGAAUUGCACAUCGAGAUCACCGGGGAAUUGCCGGAUCCGACCAGCGGCCAGACCAUGGAACGAUGCGGCGUUUGUUCGGAGAAAAGUUAUUGCUCCCUCUGUGUCCACUGUGAGAAGAAGUGUUGCCCCGAGUGCAAGGAUGCUCACAUGGACAUCCUCAGGCGUGAAAUCGUGCGCAUCAAUUCCCAGAUUCGCAGAGGGCUGCACAGGUUGCAGGACGCGCUGGCUUUGGUGGAGAAAAACACGUUGGGUCUGCAAACAAACUGCGCCUCGGUCGCGGAAGAGGUGGACGAGAUUUAUCGGAGGCUGAGCAAGGCUUUGAAAGACCGUACGGAACAUCUGCGUAACGAGGUCGAUCGAUACCUCGGCACCGAACUCAGAGGCCUGAUUCAACUCAAAGAGAAUCUCGAAUUGGAAAUCGCAAAUAUCCAGAGCAACUGCGAUUUGGCGGAGGCUCACAUCAAUGAGAACGUGCCAUGGGACGAUUCGGAGCUCCUCGACACAAAAGAGCUCUUCCUACGUACGGUGGAAUUCAUCAGAAACUUCGAGUACGAGGCCGGAGACUACAGUCGGCGAGUGCGUUUUGUGAUGGCACACGACCCGAACCAGCUGGUCCUCCACGUAGCCGGUUACGGCGAGCUGAACAUUAAGCCGGAGACCGGAAGCGGAGGACUCCUGGGAAGCUCCAGCAGUCUAGCGCCGCCCGGUGGUUCGCCGGGCCUGAUGAGAAGCAAAAGCGACCAUCGUCUAGCCUCGCAGUAUCGCCAAGACGAAGACCGGCUCACGAGGAAUCGAUACGUGCCAGAAUACGAGUACGACGCGCCCGAAUAUGAAGUACCGAGGAACAAGUCGAGGUACAGGAGUCGAUUCAUGCGUCACAGGGACGGUGACGACUCCGACGGGGACUCGAGGUCGACGGUCAGGUUCACGUCGGCAUCGCAGGAGCCCUCGGGACUUCGCGAACGUGUCCUGGACACGGAAGACGCGGCGCGCGGUCCGCUCUCCGGGAUUUUUCGUCUCACCGACUCGCCGCGCGUCAUGAAGAAGCUUCAAGACUAUGAGAGAGUCGGGAAAAGGAAAAAAGAAGAGCCGGCACAGCAUCCCGCUCCGCAACCCCAGCCAGCAAAGCCUCAGGUGCAAGUGAGGAAAUUACCGACGGCGAUGGCCAGGCAGACCAGCGACGACGACGAGAUUUCCAGGAUCAAAAAGCAGAACAAAACGGCCGUGCCCGUGACUGAAACGGUGGAGGAACGACAACCGACCACAACGCCCGCCUCUGCGCAUCCACCCCCAAGGGAACCACCUCCAGAACGAGAACCCGAGGAACCUGCACGAAGGCCGAUGCCUGCGAGGCGAACUUCGACGGAUACUCAUGCCCCUGCGACGAGAAGCGCUUCAUCAGACUCGAGCACCGGCUCCGAAAGCUCGACGGGAUCAGGAAUCCGCAGUACCGGUGCGCCAUUCACCACCGAGGAAAUGAAGCAGAAAUACUUGUCGAGGGCACCGGCGUCGAACGCAGCAUCCGCGGUCUCGUCGCCACCCGCCAGCACGCCACCGGCGUCUGCUAAAGACAACGCCAGCCCCGCUUCGAAGCCCUUUCAGAGCCGUUUUUUAGGCGCAGGUAACCGUGCAGCCCCGCCGCCGCCUACGCAGCCCGCAGCGGCCCGAGACGAGGCUGUCAUAAAGAAGAAAGAAAAGGAGGAAGUGGACGACGACGAAGAAGAAACGAGCAGCUCGUCGGAAGAGACGGAAUCCGAGACCGAGGAGGAAUCGGAAACCGAUGCUCAUCCCUCAACUACGGGCACCUCGUCGGCACCCUCGGUCGUCGCUCCGGACCGUCAAAGGAGUGAAUCCGCGAUGGCUAGGACGGACAUCGGCCCUUUGCUCGCCCGGAGCGCAGAGGCUAGACGAGGCAGCAAGGAAGACUCACCUACGACCAGGUAUUCGUCGCCGAGAGGAAGUCCCGCGCAUUCGGUGACGGGCCAGACGACGACGUCGACGACGACGACGACGCCGAGCGGGGCCGCGAUGUUGACGACGCCGGCCGGCGGCUACACCAGCAGGACGUUUAGUGACGGACACGAUGAACCGUCAACCGAUCGUGUCGAGGAUAACGAAAUCGCGGCUAAGAACGCGGAUUACGAUUAUGACAGUGCGGACGGAUCGAUGGUUAAACCGCAGUCGAACAAACGGACCCACACGGACGAUAGUACGGACACCGACGAAACGAUCACCUCAUCCUCUUCCUCCUCCACGACUAGAUUCGAAAGUCUCGAUGGUAGCGGUAAUGAUAGUCGAGUAGAGAACCGCAGCGAGGUCAGUGAAGACGCGGAAGGUCGUUCGGCGAACGACGUGAACUCUUUAUUAUCCGCUCAAACCGAUCGGCGGGCAUCGCUCGCUCAACCAACCGCUAUCUUAGACGGGGCCGCGUAUCGGCCGGAACGGAUUCCAAAUUCCUCGCAAGAAACGACCGUCGACGCUAACGAAAUUGGAUCUGCCGAUGGAUUCAGUGCCGAUCGAGUCGACAAAACAAACGUGGACAGUGAAUCCGAAAGCUACACCGAGAGCGAUUCCGAGACGGACGCGGCGGACGAAGACGAUGAAUCCAGGGACGAAAAUAGCAACAUAAAGAAGAAAAAGACUGAGCAUUCGGAUCGAGAAGGGGAUCGGUCCUCGGCGAGCGAGAACGAGUCGACCGAUUCUGAGACUGAUGACCAGACUGCUGUGUCAAGCAUACCGUCCAACUCCUAUUCCAAAAAUAAUUACAGUAGUCUGGAACGAUACGAGGACAACAGCGUAAAACGGCGAAGUUCAUCGAUACUCGAGGAGAAAAGUAUCGAGGAAUUGUUCGACGAUAACGGAUGGGUGGUUACCGACCAGGACCUGCAAACGGAGAAUCCUCCGAGGAUCUCGGGGAGUUUCAAAUCGAUCGAGCGGGCCGACUCUGGCGAUGAGAAACAUAAUGCGUCGAAUAGUCUAGCGGACGCAAAGGAAAACGACGAAAUUACCGAAGACGGGAAAUCAUUGAGCGUGUCGGACCCCUCGAAGAGUUUAUCGCGAACUCGAGUGUACAGGCAAAGUAGUAUCGGAAAGAAUGGAUGGUUGGUGUCCGAUGAGUCGGAAACCGAAUCGGAUAGAGCAUCUUCACCCGUGGGACGUCCAACGAGACGGGAGGGUAAAGAGCGCAACACGGAAGAGGCAUUGAGAAACGUGGAGACCUCGGAGAAGGCGGCCAUCCUCGCUACGGAGGAUAAGAGAUCGAAUCGGAAGGACAGCGUCGAGAGAAACGGAUGGGUGAUGAUAUUAAACGAGGUGAACAACGCGUCCACCGACAGAGAUAUCGAGGGCGAACGCACGAACGAGACGAGCACGAUUCGUUCCCAAACGACCCCGACCGACCUCGCAGUGAAAAGUAACGUUGAGAACGGUGCAUUAUUCGCGAACGCUACCCAAUCGAAAGAGACCGAAAGUUCCAACGAGCACGAGGACACGCCUGGUGUCGAUAUCACUAUACCGAUGCAAAUGGUAACCACCGUUUUCUGUGUGUCCGUACUGUGUUACAGCAUUCUAAUCAAUCUGUUCCUGUAACCCGUCUAUUACACGUGCCCACUUUUGACCCCUUCACACCCUCUGUUUACGUUCUCGCCUUCUUUUUUUCUCUCGUUAUUCGUCGGUGUUAGUCGUAACUGACUAUAAAGACUGCUCUCACAGACGACAUACAGACGAGACUGGCUCGAUGCCGAGAUCCGAUGCAGCAGUUUCUUCUUAUCCUUCUUCGUUAGUUUUAUUUUCAAGUUCGUCCGUUCGUUCGUUUGUUCGUACGUUCGUUCGUUCGCUCACUCACUCGCACGGUUCUUCGAGCUUUAUCUCAGUUUAUCUAAUCGGAAGAGAACGCUGACUCGCGAAACGUUUCUUCUAAAAUGCGAUAAAAAGUAUUGGAUCGAAAGAAUGAAAUUGUUCGAACCCUUGCGCAAACGUUCACCCACGUAUCUAUAUUUCGUCCAAUGUUGGAAUAUUGUUUACUUAUCCCGUUUGACGAAACUGCUGCUCGGAAUCUUUCACGCUCUAACGUAUUUCAUUACUCGAUAUCAUCGAUCAUCCAUGAGUGCAUCGAGUGGCAAUUACUAAAACCGGAAGGGGUAAUAAGUGAGAUAACGAUUAAUCGGAUAGAGAUCGCUAACGUAAUCAUUGUAUGGUGAAAUAUACUUUGCAUUUUUUGUACAUUGUGAUAAUCGUACGUACGAUCGUAAAUAAGCGCCACUUUCUGGUUCCUACGUUGAUCACCCGCGACACACGUAUAUAUGACAUGAUAUACCCGCAUUGCUCAAAACGCGUAGCUUCGUAGAUAGAAAAGAAAUGAUGAAACCGCGUAAUCGCUCUCUAAUCGGCAACGAGACUAAACGUAAGCGUAGUAAAAGAUACCGUCCUAAUAGCAGCUUAAGUCCACGCUGAAUUAAAAAAAGAAACGCUUCUGAUUCGUUCCCAUCGAGGCAUAGUCAUAUUUAAUGGCCUGUCACGCGUUACGAUCCUCGUUGUCCUCGCGAGACGAUACUUACUUUACGUACGCGUGACAAACCGUUCUCGAUACUGCCAGUUUUCGUAUCAUUGAAAUUUUUGUACUCUACAUCUAGUGAAUAGGCUUGGGUCAGUUUGUUGGUGUGGUAAAUAAACUGCAUUUCUUUGUGAUAACUCGUAUUAUUUAUUU